AUGGAAGAUGCCUGGGCGACGGUGUUCUCCUAUUUGCCACCUCGUGAGAUUAGAAAAUGUGAACGAGUUUGUAAAAUGUGGAGGCGGCUGGCGCAUCGAGCCAUGCGACAACUUGAAGCCAUCAACUUUGAGCGAGAUUUUCCCGGUGCUAUAGAGGAUUCAAGCCGAGUGGGUAAAAUUUUGGAGAUGUGCGGAAAACGAUUAAAGCGUGUAAGCUUCCAAGUAACAUCGAGUAAUGAGCGAUAUGCCGUAUUUGCCAGUGAGCAUCACUUGACGAAAUCUAUGGUUGAAGCUCUUGCAGCAAAUGCUACAGAUCUGAGGAGCAUCGAAAUUGACAGAAUGAUCGUCACUAUAGGAGCAGUGGAAGUAUUUGCUCAGUUGCCCACAACACUGGAGGAAUUCAGUAUAUCAAACUGUCGAAUGCCAUGUUCAACGGCUAGAGUAAAUGAGAUGGUUCAAACUAGCCUACGCCAACUUCUCACACGUAGUUCAAAUCUGAAGCGAUUUGAAAUCUCGGGCCGCGGCUGGACGUUCGACCAUUUUGUGUUGGACGAGAAUGUGCUGGCGCUUUUGCCAAAUUCGAUAAGAGAUCUGUCAAUAUCGGCCGGUGGAUCGCUUAAAAUCACUAAUCUACAUUUUCUUCGAGGGAGAUUGCUUGAAUCAUUAUCUCUGCAACGAUCUUUUGUCUCAAGUGCCGAUCUCGACGUACUGGUUGGUAUGGCAUCUUCUCUGACAACCCUGGAUCUUACAUCUUGUAUAAAUGUUACUGAUGGUUCAUUGCUGGGAGAACUCUACAAUUUAAGAUAUCUCUACCUUGGUAACAACCGGGAACUCACCGACGAAGCAGUAGUAGGUGUAUGUGCGGGUUGCCCACGGCUUCAACGGCUAUCUCUGGACAAUUGUGCGAUGCUCACAACGAAUUCGCUACUGAAUCUUGGACUACUGCACGAGUUGGAGUGGUUAUGUCUAGCAGGUGUUGGGGCAGUAGACGAUCAGGUCCUGGAAAGAUUGACGAACUGCAAACUGCUGAAGGCGCUUGACAUUAAAUUCUGCAGAAACGUCACCGAAAUAGGCCUCAUAAUCAUUUUGGAGCUACCCAUGCUUUCUCAGCUCGAUGUUCAAGGAGUUCGAGCAUAUUCGAGCAGAAUUCUACAACACGCAAAACGGAUACCAAGGACGAUUCUCAGCGAACAGUGCGAAGUGAUGCCAAUUCACUUGCCCCCAUUGCCCAGUGCUGUUGUUGGCUGA